AACUUCAACACAACACUUGAAAACAAACAACAAAUUUUCUUUUUCACCCCCCAUAUUCCGGUCGUUCCAUCCACACUGCACCAAAUUCCCCCAAACCCAAAACACACGAACCUUUCUUUCUCUCUCACCUUAAAUCCCCUUCACUCUUCUUCUAUGGUCAACACUUUUUCAUUGCCCUCCAUCCACAUUUCUGCCUCUUCUUUCUUUCCUUCUAUAUUCCUAUCUUUUUUCUCCCUUUCAUACCCCUUUUGCUUCAUCAACCUAAAUAUUCAAUUUUCACAAAAUGCAAUCGGGUGGGUCCGAAUCCGAAAACCCAAUGACCCAUCGGGUUAAUUCUCAGUCUUUGUCUUCUUCAGAUACCAAAGGGAAACAUAGGAUACAUGCUGAACUUAAACGAUUGGAACAGGAAACAAGGUACUUAGAGGAAGAGCUAGAACAGCUUGAGAGGAUGGACAAAGCAUCUAUCCCGUGCAAAGAGAUGCUUAGCAACGUCGAAAAAAGGCCAGAUCCGUUACUACCAUUAACAAUUAGUCCCUUAAAUCCUACAUGGGAUCGAUGGUUUGAAGGACCUCAAGAUUCCAAAGGCUGCUGCAGAUGUCGGAUUCUCUAAUGAUCGAAGCUAAUUGCCAAAGUUUCAACUUUUUUUAUCUUUUAAUCCCAGAAAUUUUGUGAGUUUAAUUUUCCAUGAAUGCAUCGUGUGUAUAUGACAAUUGCAGCAAAUACAUAGUUUUUAUAUUUCAGAUACCAACUUAGUUGCUCAGAUGAUAAUUCCAAUGGUCAUUUAAAAUAUGUAAAUAUAAAAUAUAUUGUUUCAUUUAAGAUGCCUCAUAAAAAUAUGUAUGUUUGCUUAUAUUCAGAGAAAUUCUCCGAGUACUGUCGGUGUAAACCAAUUUACCAAUUUUUUGUUGAUAAUCAGUAAACAACAUUGAUUCUAUUAUCCCACCACAUGAUUGUAACUGUUAUUACAAAAUAAUCCAUCAAUCAAAAGCUUGUGUUGAUUGUGA